AUGCCGUUGAUCGACUAUUCAUAUCCAAACGAUAGCUACAAGCAAGGAUCGGUAACCCCAAAGCAGGCAUUUGGGAAGCCAUGCUUUGAUCUCUACGUUGAAGAGGACGACACAGACUCUCGGUCUGCUGGUGACUCUACUGGAGAGGCGAACGUGUGUUCUGCGGGCAGAAUCACACACCCUACGGAAUGCGGUCGAGAUGCAGGCAGCAAGUCGCCGGUAAGUGACUUAGAGGUUAUCUCGCCUCCCGAAGACACCAUAUUAGAUGUCAAUGGCCUGAUCGAAAGCAUCAAGACCGAAAUAGUUGGGACAGUCAAGGCUGAAUUGGCCGCCCUUCAGGAAGUUUUUUCAGGGAUCUCCUCGGCAAUCGUCAACAUGCAAGGGGAACUCUCCAUGAUUAGAAAAGAGCAAGCUGACCUUGCACACACGCAUACGCCUAUUAGUACGGUGCAAUCAGAUUCCCGUAUAUCUGCGCUGGAGGACAAGUGUAAGGAACAGGAAGCGCGCCUCAAGUCAGUAGAGCAUAAUAUGCAACACAUGUACACUGAACCGACCCCACUCAAAAAGGCUGGCGAUACCGUAUCCAAGCCGGGUGCACGUGGGCUGCAAAUGCAGCAAGCCAACCAAGGGCGCCUCAAAAUUCCCAUCACUGAGCUAGGAGUGGAGUGUGUCUCUGUUCGUCUUCGCCUGUGUACCAAACCUAAGGCUAUUGAGCUGGCUGUGUGCAGUAUAUAUCGUCCACCGAGUGCAACUGUCGACUUCUGGAACCUGUGCAGUCAGCAUCUUGACGUCAUCAGCCGUAAAUUUAGCAGGAUUAUUGUACUAGGGGACUUUAACACUGAUGUGCUACAGCAAUCAUCAAAUAACCACCAUUACAAGCACCUGUCCAAUCUGUGUGAGGAGUUUCACCUCCGCAAUGUCGUGACUUCACCAACGCGACUUGCCAAGACAUGUCUGGAUCUAAUACUCGUUUAUGCUGCCGCACCACAUGUUAAGACAACUGUAGUAUCUGUAGACGGCGUGAGCGACCAUGAUCUCGUUCUGACUAACUUCUCCUACAAAGCCACGCAGCAAGCUAACUCCCGCCUCAAAUUCGUGCGCAAACCGCUCCCACAUGCAAUUGACCCCGCUACACUCUGUGAUGAUAUCGACAGCACUCUGGAGCCUCUCCCCAAAAAAGUACGCACUCACCCGUCAGAUCAACAGCUUCUGCAGAGGUAUCGUGCAAUACGGCGAGAAGGCACUCUCCUCAACAGGCAGCUGAAGUCACAGUAUUACAUCAGAGAGUUCAAAAAUCGUCGCCACGACCCACGAGGCCAAUGGGCCAUUAUCAAUAGCUUGUCUGGUAGAACAGCAGUGAGGGCUGCCCCAGCAGCCACACUCGCCGAUCUGACAACUACCUUCGCCGAGAUCGUCCAUGACCCUGCCAGACCAGUCGAGCUGCCCCUACCCGUUGCAGACCCCAAUAGCACUACUCUUUUGGAGUUUGAUACCGUCAGCGUCGAUACCAUCUCCAAGUUGCUUGAAUCUCUGGUAUCCAACAAAGCCACCGGCUCCGAUGAUAUUCCGUCCUGCAUCCUGAAAUCCUGCAGAGAUUCAGUCUCGUAUCCGUUAACUGUUAUCGUCAACCAGUCUCUUCGCUCUGGCAUCUUUCCAGCUGCCUACAAACAUGCCCAUGUCUGCCCUGUUUACAAAUCUGGUGAUAAGACCUCAGCCACCAACUACAGGCCAAUCUUGCUGUUGCCUAUCGCGGCCAAGAUCCUAGAGAAGGUUGUCCACAAGCAAGUCACUUCGUAUUUCACCCAGAAUCCAGACCUGUCAGCCAUACCAGCUGAACAAUUUGCGUACCGCUCACCCCAUAGCUGUGAGGAUGCCCUGACACUUUGCAUAGACAGAUGGAACAGAGCACUUGACAACGGUGACCAAUGCGGAGUAGUCUUUGCGGAUAUGAGCAAGGCGUUUGACCGUGUGCAGCACACAGGUCUGCUGGGAGAGCUAGCCACCACUGGCUUAGGCGGCACUGUCCUCAAGUGGUUCUCAGACUAUCUCACGAACCGCAGCCAGCAGGUUACUGUCAAUGGUGAGAAGGGUGACACCAAACCCUGUACAAGAGGGGUCCCCCAGGGGUCUGUUCUUGGGCCUUUGCUUUUCUGCGUCUACAUUCGCCGGGUACCCGAUAUAUUUCACCAGUGUGUCGUGCAGCUGUACGCUGAUGAUAUUGCGUUCUACGUAUUCGGCUCUGAUGUGGCUACAAUUAUGCUACGCUUGCAGGAUAGUAUGCGGUUGCUAGAGCAAUACCUUGAUGAGAAAGGCCUUCUGCUCAACCCCACUAAAACAUAG